GGCUUCUCUGAACUUCAAACUUCUCAGGAAGGGUCCCCAGACUCGGAGGCAGAGGAGGGGUCUGAGCGGAGGCGUGGGGCACCGCCUUUCCCCAGGCCUGGCAGGGAGAGAGGGAAGGGGUGCGGGCCGGGCUCUCGCCGGGCCCGGAGCACCUGACUUCCGAGCAGGGGACGCGGGUGACAGUCCCCGUGCAGUGGCUGGGCCGAUGCUUUAGACCGGAAGGCAGUUGGGAUCCGGGGGCCGCUUUCGACCCUCCAUGCCUGCCAUGGGGUUCUGGGCCCGAUCUCGGGGUCUCAGGGUUUAAGGAGCCUGGAUCUGGGCUUCCUGCCUCCCCCUCGCCCUGAGCCAGGGAACAUGGAGUCCAACCUGCAAGGGACGUUCCUGCUGAACAACACACCGCUGGCCCAGUUCCCGGAGAUGAAGGCCCCCGUGUGCCAGUACUCGGUGCAGAACUCCUUCUACAAGCUCAGCCCCCCAGGGCUGGGCCCGCAGCUGGCCGCCGGCACCCCCCACGGCAUCACGGACAUCCUGAGCAGGCCCGUGGCCACGCCGAACAGCGGCCUGCUCUCCGGCUACCCCCACGUGGCCGGCUUUGGGGGACUGGGCUCCCAGGGCGUCUACUACGGCCCCCAGGUGGGGAAUUUCUCCAAGGCCGGGAACGAGUACCCCACCCGGACCCGGAACUGCUGGGCGGACACGGGCCAGGACUGGAGAGGCGGGCGGCAGUGCAGCAGCACCCCGGACCCCCUGAGUGACAGCAUCCACAAGAAAAAGCACACGCGCCCCACCUUCACGGGGCACCAGAUAUUUGCCCUGGAGAAGACCUUUGAGCAGACCAAGUACUUGGCUGGCCCUGAGAGGGCCCGGCUGGCAUACUCCCUGGGGAUGACCGAGUCGCAGGUCAAGGUGUGGUUCCAGAACCGCAGGACCAAGUGGCGGAAGAAGAGCGCCCUGGAGCCCUCGUCCUCGACGCCCCGGGCCCCGGGAGGCGGGGCGGGCGCGGGCGGGGACCGCGCGGCUUCGGAGACGGAGGACGAUGAGUACAACAAGCCGCUGGACCCGGACUCGGACGACGAGAAGAUCCGGCUGCUGCUUCGCAAGCACCGCGCCGCCUUCUCGGUGCUGAGCCUGGGCGCGCACAGCGUCUGACCCGCCCCCCAACCCCCAACCGCCCCCCUCUAGCAUCGCGGGGGCCGCCUGCACCCCUGCCCCUCCCCGCUGCAGGGGACUGGGCG